GAUGUGAUGUCAGUGGAGUGUAGCGGCUAAUAAGGAGCUACAGUGCUGGGGCAGAUAUCUCUGCAGCUCACUGAACUCUGAGUGUGUGUGUGUGUGUGAGAGAGAGAGAGUGUGUGUGUGUGUGUGUGUGUGUGUGUGUGUGUGUGUGUGUGUGUGUGUGUGUGUGUGUGUUGCUGUGCAAGUGGGUGAAGCGAGAGUCAGAAUGUGAAUGUAUUUUUGUAUUUGUGUGGGAAGCAGAGGACGUAAAGCACUGAUAACACAGUGUGGAUGCACUGAACAAAGAGAGGGAAUUUGAAGGUACUUUGCAUUGUGUGUGUGUCCGUGUGUGUGUGUGUGUGUGUGUGUGUGUGCGUGCACUGUUGAGGCAGAUUAAUCCAGCGGAAAUGCAAAAGCUCUCGCAGCUUUUCCAGCAUGCUUUAAGAGCACAGCUGUCCACCACACACUCACACACUGUCACUCUCCUCACUCAGCCACACACUGCUCUGAGAGAGAGAGAAGGAAAAAAGAGGGAGAGAGAGAGAGAGAGAGAGAGAGAGAGAGAGAGAGAAAGGGGGCGUACGAAAAGGCAGAAAAUGACAGUAGAUACACAGUGACGUGAAAUCCAGAGGCAGUGGAUGGACAGAGAGACACUUGAGUAGAUAGAUAGAUAGAUAGAUAGAUAGAUAGAUAGAUAGAUAGAUAGAUAGAUAGACAGACAGACAGACAGACAGGCAGACAGACAGACAGACAGACAGACAGACAGACAGACAGACAGACAGACAGACAGAUAGAUAGAUAGAUAGAUAGAUGAAACAUGAAAAAAAAAUCUACAUAGAUUAUAUAAUUCAUAUAAAAGGAGAUCCAAGUAGUUAGAGCGAGGGAGGGAGACCCAUACACACACACACACACACACACAGAGCGAGAGAAACAGAGAGAUAGAUAGAAAGACAGAGAGAGAGAGAGAGAGAGAGAGAGAGAGAGAGACAGAGACUUAGCCAGUCUACUCCAGUAAUAGCAGUUCAGUUCACUAUUAAGAGACUCAGAGAGGUUCAUUCUCUGGGCGCUGAGGAGAGUGGAGAGAUGGGGACAGUCUCUGCCAUGGACAGAGACACAGACGACAUGGCCAGGGUUCGAUCCUGAACACACACUUUCUCUCUCUCUCACACACACACACUCUCUGACACACACAGUGGACAACCCCUGGACGGGCUGAGUGGAGGAGUGGUCUAGGAGCCAUGACAGGAGGUGUGGUCUUUGCACUGUCCACCCUGCUUCUGGUCCAGGCAGUCUCCCCUUGCCCUAAGGAGUGCUCGUGUGAUAGUCAUGCAAAGGUGGUGGACUGCAGAGGGCGGGGCUUAUACGACAUUCCUCACAAGCUACAUCCCGACACUCAGGAACUCUACCUUCAGGACAACCGAAUACGAGGCCUCGGAUCCAUGGCCUUUCGGGAAGUGCCACAACUGCGGGUCCUGGACCUGGCCAACAACACCAUCACCAUGCUCUCCCCCAGCGCUCUGCUGGGACUGAGGAGCUUGAAAAUCCUCAAUUUAGCCAACAACUCAAUCCGGGAGGUGGACCGCCGGUUUCUGGGCUCUAUAAGGAAUCUAACCCAGUUGGACUUUUCCUACAACAGCAUUGCAGGGCUACCUGGAGCACUAGCUGAUAGCUUCCACCAUCUAACGCACCUCUCGCUGCACAACAACCGGCUCACCAAGCUGGACCGCAGUCACCUGGAGGCCCUCGGGAACAUGGAGGUGCUGCACCUGCGGGGGAACCCGUGGAAGUGCGACUGCCAGAUGAUAGGACUCAAGCUCUGGCUGGAGACCUUUACUUUUAAAGGUGGAGUGGUGGACGAAGUGGUUUGUGCCCAACCCCACGCCAUGAAGGACAGAGACCUACGACAGGUUCCUUACGAGCUCUUUCACGCCUGCAUGACCACCAGCUACAGCUACCUGUUCGCCAACAUCCACCACCUGGACAGCCAGCACCGCCUGCUCCGCGGCCACCUCCACCCCAGCCCGGAGUCUCCAGCUUACGGAACGGAAUACGGAUCUCCUCCUGAAUGCGAGCCCAAACAGAGGCCUCGGCCCGUCAACCUGCGGCACGCCAUCGCCACGGUGGUCAUCACCGGGGUGGUGUGCGGCAUCGUGUUACUAAUGAUGCUGGCCGCCGCCGUCUACGGAUGCGCCUACGCCGCCAUCAUGGCCAAGUACCAGCGAGAACUGAAGAAGCGGGAAAAGGAGACCGGAGGAGCGACGGGUCGGGAGAAUGCUGACAGAGAAGAGGAGAAGGAACCUCUGGACAAUGCCAUAGCAUGAGAAGAAGCCAGAGAGAUGCAAUAAUGCCCAUAUCUGCACAUGAGACAUUAUAUUACAUAGCCAGCUUGGUUAGAAUACACUGAUAAAGUGUUGGGAAGGAGUUCCAGCGAUUUUCAACCUAAUCUCAAUCUGCUGCAUCAGUGGCAUCAGUCGAUUAGUCAUCAGCUUCCCAUUCUACACAUUUAUCUGUAGCCAUAAUGCUAGUGAGUGGCUGAAUUCCAGCAGAAUAUACAUUUCUGUAGAACAUACAUUACUGUGGAACACUUUUAAGAAUCCUUCAAUCAAAAAUAUUUCUAAAUUAAAGUAUAAAGUUAUUUUUGGUAACGCUUUAUUUUAAGAAACACCUAUUAAUGUCUUAUUAUUUGCUUAAUAAAGCCUUAAUUGGACAUUUGUAAAUGAAUUAUCACUACUUAUUAGGCUUUAUUCUGUUUUAUAAGCAUUACUGGUGUUUAAUUAGGGGUCUGUUAUGUGGAAAUGAUUAAUAAUAACUGUAUCAGUUCUUAAAGUGCACAAUAAACAGUUAUUAUAGUUAGCACCCUGUUAAACAGAUUAGAUUAUUAAGCAUUAACUAUAAGCUAACUCUACAUGUUAUUGUUGUGUAGAAUUGGCCGCAGUUUGAGUUUAUCUUUGUGAGUUUAUGGCAAGGUUAUGGCUGUGCUGGAGUUUAUUGAGUUAAUAAGGGGUUAAUAAGUCACUAAUAGAGCAAGAUGUGUACCAUAUUCUAAAGUGAGGUUCUGUUCAUCACUAAUCAGACACUAAAAAGAACUGAGUAAAUUGAUUCAAUCAAUCACAGACACCUAAUUAAGCACCAAUAACACUUAAUAACACAGAAUAAAGCCUAAUAAGUGGUGAAUAAAUAAUUUACAAAUGUGUAAUUAAGGCUUUAUUAAGCAAAUAUUAAAACAUUAAUAAGCGCCUAAUUUGUGUUCCUUAAACUAAAGUGUUACCUAAUUUUUUUAUCUUUUUUUCUUCAAAGGGAGAGUACACAGUAAUACAUUUACUGCUGAAUUAAACCCUAGUGACCCUGGUAACCCACAGUGAGAGUUCUAUGGGAGUUUUUUUUUCACAUGCUGGAUACCACACAUCUUAGCAGGAGAAAUCCUAUAAUAAUAAAAUGAUAUAAUAUAAUUUAAAAUUGCUCUAAAAUAUACUGUAAUAUUAUUAUUUUUUUAAUUUCAUGACAUUUUGUACCUUUUCUAUUAAUUUACCUUAAAAUUACAAGUGUUGGGAAGAGGAUCCAGUGUUUUUAAACCUUCUACCUUCAAUCUUAAUCUGUUUUAUCAGCAUCAUCAGUCGAUUAGAAAAACUGUAGAAUAUACUUACAUCAGUUUUAUUAUGUUCAAAUAUAUCACAUGUAUAGUAUUAUUUAUUUUUAUUUAGCGAAAUUGAAUUCUCAAAGCUAUCAAAAGGAUAUUCCAAUGGUCACUGCUAUCUUGUAACUUAUAAAUAGUAAAAAGCGUGGUGGUCCCGAUAUUUGUUGUGUUCAGGUACAUUUCUGGAGCAUUGCUAUCUUGGUAACAGAAAACACAGGAGCACCACUGCCUGUUUACAACCUAGACUAGAGUCAGUUGUCAGACAUUAAUUGCUAUCUUGGCAACGCAGCCCACUUGUGUACACCUCCAUUUAUUUAACACACAAGAACAUUCAGCAGAGCAAAGACCCUACUUUUACCUCAAAAAUAAACAGAAUACAAAAAUAAAAUAACAUUUCUGUUCCUGUAAAUUACCUGCUGGUGCAUCUUUACAGCAUGAACGAGCAGGCCAGGUUCCUCUGCUGAGAAGUGCAGAAGUGCUGCACCAUUAAAAUAGCAAUCCGCCAGAUUGCUAGUCAGAGCACACUGACUCCCUAAAUACACAAAUGAUUAAUUAAGAGAGCUAGUACAUGCCUUUUCUAUGUUUUGAGAUGCACAAGGUGUACUUUUCCUGUCAUUAUGAUAGCAAAGACACACUGAUAUGCCCCAAAAUCAUGCUAAAUGGUGCACGGUCCAGGGCUCACCUAUAGAUCACUAAAAUAGGGCCUAUAAUGUGUAUUAGUAUUUAAUGUUAAUUAAUAACAUAAAUAAUAAACUUAUUGUGGGAAUAUUAUACAAUCUUAUACAAUUAUCUUAUACACUGCCUUCCCUAUUAGUAGAGAGGAGUUUGAUUACCAAGAUGGACAAAUACACAGAGUAUUAAAACUACAUUUUCCAUACAUGUGAAUUAUAAAACUAAUUAUAAAACUAAUUCUGCAUGAGAUCAUCAGUCAAAUGUCAAGAAGGUAAAUCUCAAAUAGUAAAAAUCAGUGAAUAAUUCUGUAAGAAUAGAAAGAGUAAGGGGGCAGAUUUGUUGUGUGCUGUAUCAGACAUAUAAAGUUAACCCUUAUGCUGCCUUAACUCUUCCACCACCAUGUUUAACAGCUGGGGAAAUUUUGUAAAUAUAUAAUAUAACUAUAAUAUAUAAAAAUCACUUUUAAAUCAAUUAUAAAUCCAUGAAAUCUGUAUACCACAAGGUCAGAGUCUUUUACAUCUUUCUCAUGCUGUAAACCUUCGCAAUCGAUGCAAAUUUUACAGAUGUAAUUCAGCAACUGAAGUUUGCUUUGAUUAUGGGUUAUAAUAUGAGUUUUCGGUACCACGUUAAAAUAAGACUACCUUUAUAAAGGGUAUAUAAAUGGUUCAUUACAAUUAGAUUAUUAAUGGUUACUAAUUAGGUUGUAAAUGCCUUAAAAAUCAUUAAUAAUCAGUUAUAACACAUACGUAGAAAGGGCUAUAUAGAUGAUAUAGAUGGCUGUGGUUUACUAUUUGGCAAACAACAGGUCAUUGUUGCACUUUUUACAAAUGUGAUUAUUUUACACACUGAUUAUUUAUGAUUUUUAAGGCGUUUACAACCUAAUUAGUAACCAUUAAUAAUCUAAUCGUAAUUAACCAUUUUUUAUACCCUUUAUAAUAGUAGUCUUAUUUUAAAGUGGUACCGAGUUUUCUACAUUCUAUAAUCGACUGUAUGUUACAGUGUAUGUGGGAGAGAUUAGGUUGAAUUUGCUGGUAUCUGGAUGAAGACAAAUAAGCAAGCGAACGAGCGAGUACUUGCUGGUAGUAGACAAACUACUACACAUGGAUGGAACGGAUCUGACUCUUUGCCAAAUCUCUUGAUAAGAUGAUCUCAGAUUCUCAGAGGGACAAGCUUCCGCACGCACACACACACUCUCUUUCUCUCGGACACACACACACUCUUCUAUUACUCUUCUAUUUCCUGGAGCCAUCUUUCCAAACACUCCGCUUUUUUUUUCCGCAAAAAGGGAAAGCUGGACGACUGGACAUGACUCUAAGAGGAAAGAAGAGGAGGAGGAAGAAGAGGAGGAAGAAGAGACUUGUUCUAUAAUGCAGUACAGUUACAGAGUACACGACUUCCAGAGACACGAUUAGGCCAAAGAUAACAUGCACAGAUACAUAUCAAAGUGUGUUUCUAAUUGUAUAACUGAUGACUCAGAGAAUACGCAUCUGUGUGUCCAAUGCAAGCGCGUUCAACAGCAAUAUGUACAUACUGACUUGUGUUGUGGUUUUAUUAUUAUUAGUGUUUUUCUUUUUUUUUUUUGGUCAGUUUGAUUGGUUGGACUGUGUGUUUCCCGGCCUAUCAGGGUUUGACUGGUCAAGUAGGCAGCUGCUAUUGUACGUAUGUCCUAGUUUUGCGUGUGUGUGUGUGUAUGUAUGUGUGUGUGUAUGUGUGUGAGAGAGAGAGGAGAGAGACCGCCCCAGGGAUUAUGCUUCAGGUUGAUUAAAGUAGUCCUAAGAGUCAUAAUCUAGGUAUUUGCAUAUAUUGCGUGCAUAUAUUAUUUGCACCGAAAAAAAUAAUAAUGAAAAAUCUUAUGGACAAUGAAACUGAAACACCUGUCAUCAUUUUAGUGUGGGAGGUUUCAUGGCUAAAUUGGAGCAGCCUGGUGGACAAUCUUCAUUAAAUGCACAUUGCAGCAGUAAGAGCAGAGUGUGAAGGUUCAAUUAGCAGAGUAAGAGCACAGUUUUGCUCUAAAAAAGCAGAGUUCAAAAGAGUUCAGGACAAAUUGUUGGUGCACGUCUUGCUGGCGCAUCUGUGACCAAGACAGCAAGUCUUUGUGAUGUAUCAAGAGCCACAGUAUCCAGAGUAAUGUCAGCCUACCACUAAGAAAAAUGAACCACAUCCAACAGGAUUAACUGUGGACGCUGUAAGAGGAAGCUGUCUGAAAGGGAUGUUCGGGUGCUGACCCGGAUUGUAUCCAAAAAACAUAAAACCACGGCUGCCCAAAUCACAGCAGAAUUCAAUGUGCACCUCAACUCUCCUGUUUCCACCAGAACUGUCCGUCACCACAAUAAAUUAUUGUGCUCUAAAACCAGGUGUUUCAGUUUCAUUGUCCAACCCCUGUCAUUUUAACCGAACAAAUCAUGGUUUGGACAUGAUUAGGAUUUUUGAAACCACGCAAGAUUUUGCACACAGGACUAUUGCUGGCUUUCGAUGGUGGAAACGAGUGUUAGAAGCUACCUCACACCCUCACACACGCAGAGCCUGCGAACGAGGGUGUGAAGGACACGAGGUUGUUCUGUCAGAAGAGUCUGAAUUUAUCCAGCUUACGUAACGUGGUAGUGAACAGCCGAGCAGCACGAGCGCACACGCCAGCGCGUGUUCGGCCAUAUUCAAAAUCACAUCAGACGUGAUGCUUUGAGUAAUAACGUUAGGGCCAAACAUCCUGUGAGCAAGGCUGCUCAAAUCAGGGAUUUGCCGUCGCCGUCGCACACGCACACACACACACACACACACACACACACACGCUCGCUCGUGACCCCCCUCCCCCUUAUUGCCCUGGGAGUGUGAUGUCAUCAGGUUGUCGGGUUGCAUUAGUGCUGCCAGUGCAAAUUCUUUACCACGCCGUGCACAUGUGUGUGUGUGCGUGUGUGUGUGUGUGUGUGUGUGGUCAGUCUAUCUGCAUCUACUUGUCCUGACAGUGUCCUGGUCCUCUGUCAAUUAAGCACAGCAUCAAAUUAAUUGGAAGAUAUAAAGCAUUAAAAAAUACAAUCAGUGCUGCAUGAAUGGCCUUCAUAUUUUCAGUCAGAAGAGAUGAACGCCAUGAACAGCACCUUUUCUUUACUUAAGCUUUACUAAAGGUUUUCUGUAGGUUUCUGAAUGUAAGCCUACAUGAAGUGCAUCGCCCCCCUAUAGUGCAUGAUCAAAGUGCAUUUAAAAAAAUAAAUAAAAACACUAAUCUAUGCAAACGUCUGCUCUUAAACAUAUAUAUAUAUUUAUAUAUUCAACUGAUGUAUGACUGUGGUGUUUGCGUGAGACUUUUUUUUUUUUGUGCGUAUGUCCAGUCCUAUGCAAAAUUGUGGACACAUCUGUCACAUCAACUAGGUUCAAAUAGGUCCAAAUCCUCUACUACAUGCUAUAAAAUUAAAUGUGGCAUUUUUUUUCUGCAUAUUAUAAUACACAGUUUGUAUUUAUUUGUGGUAUUUAACAUUAAUACAUAAGAUAAUCUCAUUAGCCAGGAAACUUAAAAAAAAAAAUCCAGCUCAACACGCUUGGAGGAGAAUACUAACUGAUUCUAACCAAUUCUGUUAGCAGUCAGUUACCAGGUAAUAUUUCUUGCUCCUGUUCCUCCACUACAAUGUUAUUUGAGCUUUGAACAAAAUCACAGCUUCUCAGGAAGGAUUUCUGGACAAGCUGAGACAAACAGCACCAUUAGGGCUGCACAAUAUAUCGUUUAGGCAUCCUCAUCACGAUGUGCGCAUGCGCAGUAGUCACAAUCGCAAGACGUGCAAUGUCACUUAAGGCAAUUAAAUCAAACACGUCAUGCUGAAAUGUUUUGAUUCUUGACACAAGAAGUAGUUACACAGCGCUGUCUCUGUGUCUCUGUGAGUGACAGGCUGCUGCUGCCUGAGAAGCACGAAGAGGGGUGGGGGGGUUUGGUUUGGGCAGGAGUAAACACGAGGUUACCGCAUGGCGUCCAUUCACAUGGUUGGGCUUGUGCUUGUAAACGCAACACAAAAUGUGUGGAAAGCUGUGCACCUCAGUCCAGCACAGUUUUGCAGUGCAGAUAUUUCCAGUUACAGCUGAGUUCAAGCUUUUAAUCGCAAAAAAAAAAAAAAAAAAACACUCUUAUUUACCUUUUAAAAAGCCAUUUAAAUGCCUUGAUGCUCUGAUUUUUAGUGCUCGGCACUGACUCAACUCUUGAUCCAUCCGGAAACAAGACAGCUUGUGGGUGGGCGCGGUGAUGGUGAUGUAAUGGGCCCUGCAUUUUUUAAUAUCGCGAUUUAUAUCGCUGAAAAAUGCAGCCCUAAGCAGCAUUACUGAAAAUAAAGAAUACAGAUGAUAUAGGAUUUUCCAAAAAUAUGAAUUAGAUUACCCAGUGUUACAUAGUUUUGGUAACUAAAGUUUUGGUAUCUAAAGUGCAUAUGAGCUGCAUAGUUAUUUACAGCUUCACCAAAGUGACAGUGCAAAAGCAAAGUGCACUGUAUCACUUAAUCACCCACUUUGAUUAUAAAAGGGAAAAUGAUAAUACAGUAAACCUUUCCAGGCAAACUUGAUAAUACUCAUUUUUUAAAACUCCGGCUUUUGUAAUGCUAAGUCCCUCCACACAGCAGGUUAGUUUUACACAGUCUACAAAUAUUUGAGUUUUGUUGAUCCAGUAUACAAAGAGAACACUGUAAUUCUGACUUGUGGUUGAACACGGAUAACCCACAAUCCAUAAUUAAUAUGAUAAUAUGAUCUAAUUGGCUCUCAGGAUAAUCAGAUAAUUAGGGAACUAUAGCUGGUACCAAUACUGUUUGAGCAUACCAAUUUGAUUUUAGAUUUCUAUUAUAAAUGAUAUAAAUGCUCUGCGUUAAAGGAAAGUGGUGCAUGACAUAUAUUUUAAGCUUGUUUUUUUAUGAUAAAAAUAUCUAUGCUAUAAUAUCUGGCUUAGGUCAGACACCUAAACUACCUUUAAGUUAAUGAAGAGAGUUUUGAGGGAAAGAAACUAGGUUUGUUUUCUAGGACUUUUAUGCUAUGGAUGACUGUGACAUCACCAAGGACAGCACUCACAAUCUCCCAAUUAUAGAGCCAAUGCUUAGACAGUUGCCACUGAACACUGUACAUGUGGGAAAUGUAUGUUUUUUUUUUUUUUUUAAGUUAUAUGUUCAAUUCACAAAUACAUUUUCACAAAUCAUGUUUUUAACAGUACAGACUUGUACUUUUACUUUCUUUUUUUCACAAAAUAUCAUUGAAACCUUUUUUGACACGAGGUGUCCUCAGUUCUGCAUACGACUGCCUGUCUUAAAUAUACUUUGUUCAUGUUAACAGAGCAGAAAGUGCUGAUAUACAGUAUAUAUUGACGAAUAAUAUAUAAAUGUGUAUUAUAUUACCAAGAGAAUCAAGAGUUAUGUUUGAGAUUAAAUGUUACGUUUGUUGAGAAA